CGGGGCCGCCGCGGGGGCGGGAGGUCCGGCCGCCCUGCGGAAGUGAGGCCUGGCGGCGGGGACGGAACAGGCUUCAUGUUCCCUGGAUGCCACUUUUGUUCCUGGGAGAUGCAGAGCUGCAAGCAGGCAAACACUGUGGAUGCACUGAGAGCUGCGGUGGUGCUGGUGAUGUGAGUGGGGUACUUUUAGCACAGAGUGAUGGCAGAAGAGAUGAAUUCCUGGAACAUCGUUUUAGAAGCACUGGAGGAUCUUGUGUUGGGCAUGUUCAUUAAGUUCAAGCUUAAAUUAUCACAUAUUGAUUAUGAAGGCACACCCAAUCUAUCCAGAGGUUUACUUGAAGAAACCAAUGAUGCAGUCAGGCUUGCUGACCAUAUGUGUGAGCACUAUGGACCAGAGACUGCUGUGGAGGUAGCCAUCUGUGUGCUGGAAGGGAUCAAUAAAAGAGACACUGCAGCUAAACUGAAACAGAAGAGACAGCAAGCUCUGGGUCCUGGAAUGUCAGCUGAAGAUUACAGGCAGAAAUACAGAGACCAUGUAGUAAGAGAGUUCCAUACAUUUGAAGAGGUGAAUGCUCGUCUGGGUGAGAAUAUGACCCUAAGCAGUAGAUACACGAAGCUGGUGAUGGUUAUGAACCCUCUGGGAAGAAGUGAACAAGAACAUGAAGUCCUGGGUCUAAGAGGAAGACAUGCAGAAGUUGUGAGGGAGGAUACUCACUUUGCAGUUACUGUAGAAACGCUUUUUCGGCCUGAUGAAAGAGGUCAAACGCCGCAGAUCAUUGUGAUAGUGGGUAGCGCAGGGAUUGGAAAGACAGUGACAGCAAGAAAGAUCAUGUUAGACUGGGCAAGAGGAGCCAUUUAUGCACAAUUUGACUAUGCUUUCUACAUAAACUGUAGAGAAAUCAACCUUUCCUAUCAGGUAGAUAUGCUGAGUCUGGUGGAUCUCAUCUCAGCUUGCUGUCCCUGUGGAAAGGCACCACCUGAAGCAAUCCUGGCUAGUCCUGAAAAACUCCUGUUCAUCAUUGAUGGCUUUGAUGAACUGAGGUUUCCCUGUGAUCAGCCAAAAAAUAAACUGUGUUCUGACUGUGGGGAAAGGAAGCCAGUGGAAAUAGUUCUGAGCAGUUUAUUUCAGAAAACUCUCUUCUCUCAGUCCUCCUUGCUCAUCACUACAAGACCAACAGCUCUUCAAAGUCUGGGACGGUGUUUAAAGGAGGAGCGUUAUGUAGAAAUAUUGGGUUUUUCAGAUGCUGAGAAGGAUGAAUAUUUCCACAAGUUUUUCAGGGAUGAAGAUAAAGCAAAAAAAGCUAUGACCUUUGUCAAAAGAAAUGAUACUCUCUUUGCCAUGUGCCUUGUACCCAUCAUGUGUUGGACCAUCUGCACUGUCCUUGAACAAGAACUUACUGAAGGGAAAGAUCUUGCCCAGACUUCUAGAACAACGACAGAGCUGUACAUGCUGUACCUUUCCAGCUUACUCAAACGUGGGAGUGACCAUCUGAAGCAGGAUAUGAAGAAGUUCCUGAGCAGACUUUGCUGCAUGGCUGCUGAUGGAAUCUGGAAGCGGAAGAUCCUGUUUCAUGAAAAGGAGAUUGAGGCGUAUGGCUUAAAUCAGCCAGUUCUCCUCUCCCUUUUUCUGAAUGAGAGUGUUAUAAGAAACCAUAUGAAAUGUGUGACUGUCUACAGCUUCAUUCACCUGAGCUUUCAAGAGUUUUUUGCAGCAUUGUUCUAUGCACUGGAGGACAAUAAGGAAACAGGAGAAUUGGGGAUGCCAGGGAAGGAUAUAAAUAAAGUGUUAAAACAGUACAGUAAGUAUGAUACAAAUUGGAUAUUAGUGGUACGAUUCCUAUUUGGCUUGUUAAAUGAGGAAACAAGCGAGUACCUGGUAGAAAGAACUGGGUGUAAAAUCUCACCUAGAGUUAAGAAAGACGUACUGAAGUGGAUUCAAAUAGGCCAAGGUGCAACUUCAUGUUCUGGUAGAGCGAUUAACAACUUGAAUGUAUUUCACUGUUUGUUUGAGAUUCAAGAAGAAACAUUUGUGAGCAAUGCAUUGGAGCAUUUCACUGGGAUACUUCUGAAAGACUGCAUCCUGAGCCAAUAUGAUCAAAUGAUCCUUUCAUUUUGUGUCAAACAGUGGACUGGACUGGACUCCUUUUGUCUUGAAUGGUGCUCAGUUGCACUGGAAGACCAUGAAAACAAGUUUGUUCCAGGACCUCCAGAUAGGUCACAUCAGCAUGCACCCCAGGCAGAGGAGUCCACUUCACUGCCGGUGUCCCUGCUCUGUCAAGCUUUAGGAAAUCCAAGGAGCAAAUUAAAAACAGUCAAGUUGUGGUGCUGUCGACUCACCAGCUCUAUCUGUGGGGACCUGGCCGCAGUGCUUGGCACCAGCCAGAGCCUGAGGGAGCUGGACCUUGCUUAUAAUGACCUGGGAGACCUUGGACUGCAGCUGCUGUGCGAGGGGCUGAAACAUCCUUUCUGCCAGCUGCAGACGCUGCGAUUGGUGAAAUGUCAGCUCACCAGCACCAUCUGUGGGGACCUGGCCACAGUGCUCAGCAUCAGCCAGAGCCUGAGGGAACUGAACCUUGAAGGAAGUGAACUGGGAGACCUUGGACUGCGCCUGCUGUGUGAGGGGCUGAAACAUCCUUCCUGCCAGCUGCAGACGCUGCGGUUGUUGAAUUGCAUAAAGAGUAGCACCUGCUAUGGUGAUCUGGCUGCGGUGCUCUGCACGAACCAGAGCCUGAGGGAGCUGGACCUUAUUGAUGACCUGCGAGACCCUGGAUUGCAGCUGCUGUGUGAGGGGCUGAAAUAUCCUUCCUGCCAGCUGCAGAAACUGUGGUUGCGGUGGUGUCAACUUGACAGUGCCUGCUGUGGGGAGCUGGCUGCAGUGCUCAGCACCAGCCAGAGCCUGAGGGAGCUGGAUGUGCAGGGAAAUGAGCUGGAAGAUGCUGGAUUGCGGCUGCUGUGUGAGGGGCUGAAACAUCCUUCCUGCCAGCUGCAGACACUGCGGGUGUUUCGGGGUGAACUUACCAGUGCCUGCGGUGGGGACUUGGCCACAAUGCUCGCCAUCAACCAGAACCUGAGGGAGCUGGAUCUGGGAGAAAACGAGCUGGGAGACCCUGGAGUGCAGCUCCUGUGUGAGGGGCUGAAACAUCCGUCCUGCCAGCUGCAGAUGCUGCGGUUAUGCCAUUGUCAACUCACCAGCACCAUCUGUGGGGACCUGGCAGCAGUGCUCAGCACCAGCCAGAGCCUGAGGGAGCUGGACCUUGCUGAUAAUGAGCUGGGAGACCCUGGAGUGCAGCUGCUGUGUGAGGGGCUGAAACAUCCUUCCUGCCAGCUGCAGACGCUGCGGUUAUGCCAUUGUCAACUCACCAGCACCAUCUGUGGGGACCUGGCAGCAGUGCUCAGCACCAGCCAGAGCCUGAGGGAGCUGGACCUUGCUGAUAAUGAGCUGGGAGACCCUGGAGUGCAGCUGCUGUGUGAGGGGCUGAAACAUCCUUCCUGCCAGCUGCAGACGCUGCGGUUAUGCCAUUGUCAACUCACCAGCACCAUCUGUGGGGACCUGGCAGUAGUGCUCAGCACCAGCCAGAGCCUGAGGGACCUGGACCUUGCUUUUAACAUAGUGGGAGACCCUGGAGUGCAGCUGCUGUGUGAGGGGCUGAAACAUCCUUCCUGCCAGCUGCAGACGCUGCGGCUGUGGAAUUGCAUGCUCACCGGUGCCUGCUGUGGCUAUCUGGCCAUGGUGCUCAGCACCAAUCUGAGCGUGAGAGACCUGGACCUUAGUUUUAACAACCUGGAAGACUCUGGAGUGCAGCUGUUAUGUGAGAAGCUGAAACAUCCUGACUGGCAGCUGCAGACACUGCGGUGGAUCAGAUCAUAAUUAAAUGAAGAAACACAACAGAAGCUAGCUCCCUGAGAGAAGAAAAGACUGGAUGGAAUAAAUGCUACAUUUCUUGAGCAGGGUUCUCUGCAGCCAGGCUCUCUGGCUGAGUGAUGCCAUCACUGGUUUUGGAAACUUCCUGUGAAUUUAUAUGGUAUGCUAGGUACUUGAUAUUUUGCUGAAUUGGGUUCUCAAAGAAUGACCCAGUUACGGUUUUUAGGAUUGGUGAAGUUUACAAAUAGAUGUGUUCUUUAAUAGAAAAUCUGGUGAUCAUAGAGAAAACUUUUUUGCUAGAAAAGAAAUAUAUUUGCUGUCAUGCAGCUUUUACAUUUCCCUCUGCGCAGCACUUGCUUCAAGACAAGAAACACCAUUGCACAAAACAAAGCUGGCGAGACCCUGCGAUAUCCCACCUGGCCUGUGGCUCUGUUUUAUUACAGUGAAGGUCUCCCAUAGACCCUGUAUUAUGCCUCCCAGCCCCACGCAGAUGACUGUCACACCAUAAAGUGUCUAAAAUGGCCCUUAUGUUCAGGCAACUGAACUUCUCCCCAGCUGCUUAUGUCUUAUAUACUCCUCUUAGUAAAGAGGAGUAAGAACUGCUAGAACAUUAUUUGGGCAGCCUGUUUUAGACGUGGUGGAACCAUGCCUUGGAAAUUUCUGUUCCUUUUCACCGAGUAUAAAGGAUGACUACAAGACAUCUGUAUUGUACAGGCCUUAGGCUGUGUGACGGGUUCCAUCGUCAGCUGCCGAUGGUGAAGUGAGGUUUGUAUGUGUCUUAACUCAUGGAGAAAGUAAUUAGCCAAUUACACAUGCCUGAGAAGUGCAUGAUUGAAGGAGAAAAGCAGGAAAGUGAAUGAUGGCAUGUAUGAGUAUGAUGUGAUGUAUGUAAAGAGGAACAUUAACUGAAUACUGUUUUUUGAACAGAUGUGGGGAGCCUGACUGUAAAAGGGCUAACAGUCCCAUUGCUCUAGGUUUUAAAGUGAUAUGGUUCACCUCUCACAAAAUCACUGACUUGUAGGAGUUGGAAGGGACCUUCGGAGAUCACCUAGUCAAACCGCCCUGCCAGAGCAGGUUCACCUAGAGCAGGUUGGACAGCAAUGUGUCCAGGCGGGUUUAAAAUACCUCAAGAGAAGGAGACUCCACAGCCUCUCUGGACAGCCUGUUUCAGUGCUCUGUUACCCUUAGAGUAAUUCCAUCUCGUGUUGAGAUGGAAUUGCCUGUAUUCAAGUUUGUGCCUGUUAACUCUUGUCCUGUGACCAGGCCUGUCAUGUCCCACUCUCAGGAAAGAGGGGCGGUAAGUGACUCAGAUUCGUAAAUCCCCACCAGCGUGGACUAAGGUGAGAUAAAUCUGAGGGUCUGCAUACAAACAUUUAUCAGUUUCCCAAAAUGAUUAGUGUAGGUCUUAACAAGUUGACAAUAAUCAGUUAGGUACAUAACAAAUUAUAGCAAAUGGUGAGGUAUGCAUUGUGUUGCUUAACAACAGGUAUACAACAACUUAUGGCAAGCGGUACUUAAGGUCGUAACUUAACAACUCAAAAAGGAAAGAGAAACUGAGAGAUAGAGAAAGGAAAAGACAGAGAAAAAGACAGAGAUAAAGAGAUCAUUGGUCCUGGUUCCGGUGUCUUUUUCAGGGAAUCUUCCCAGGCGUAAUCUUCUUUCUUGGGAAAAAUCUUCCCAGGCACGGUCGUUGUCUUUCUUUCUCUUCUUUGUUCCCUCCUCAGAGGCACUUAUUUUCCCAUUUCAUGUUUGCUGAAUUAGCACGGUCCACCCCCCUUGCUGAGGAGAGCCUCGUCUCAGGUUUCUCCCUUCUCCCAGGUGACGUGUAGCAAGAUGUGGGUGGAGAGACAAGUGUCAUAGUCAUACAAGUUUAGCAUGAUCUCUAUAAUCUUCAUUAGCAUAUGCAGGGUUGUGCACUUUCAUAUGCGUUUUGUGGAUAAUGAAGCAAAGGUCACUUAUUGGACACAAUGGCCUUGAGAACAGAGAACUUGGCAAGCUCAUCACACCAGUGGCAGAACUAUCUUGCCUUCACAAGACAGUCCUACCACUGCUUUUCAGGCGCCUGUUAGCCUUAUCCGUUCUUUGAACACCUAUUUAUCUUCUUGCGAGUGUUUGAGGCAUUCCGUUGAAGGCUUGGAGGACCUUCUCCCUCCUGUCAGGGAAUUCACGAGCCGUCUCUUACAGCUGAACAGUGCUUACACAGCAUGAAGGCUUUCUCUUUUUCCCACUCUGCCCAAGGGUGUAGGGUAGGGAUGUUCCAUACCAUGUUAUGUCACGCUGUCCUGGUUCCAGCAGGGAUAGGGUUAACUUUCCGCAGGCUUUGGCAGGGAUACAGGUAUUCCAUCCCAGGUGAGCGGUUUGCAGCUGGAGCUGCCGGGGGAGGGGGCAGGAAGUCACCCCUGGGAGCGGGCUGGGGUCCCGGGUCUGGUUGGUGAGCAGCGCUUCCGUAAUCGUGUUUGUACAUUCUUUUAUCCAUGUUAUUGUUAUUAUUUUCUUGUUCCCUUUGCUGUUCUGUUAAACUGCCUUUGUCUCAACCCA